AUGAAAGUCUAUUCAAUUUACAUUCUAAAUAAAGCAGGUGGUCUUAUUUACCAAAAUGAUUUGAAUCCAAGUUUGAAUAAAUUAGGUGCAAAUGAUUACCUUGUUUUAGCUGGUACCUUACAUGGUGUUCAUGCUAUAGCUUCAAAGUUAACCCAUUCAACAAAUUUAAGCAAAGAGGAUUCAUCACAUAUAACACAGAAUAACAAUGCAUCGCUAAUUAACACCGGAAAGUCACAGAACUCAGAUUCAAAUAAGUCAGGGUUACAAAGCAUUGAGACGGAUUUUUUCAAUCUAUAUAUCUUUCAAACAUUGACUGGUAUAAAAUUCAUAAUAGUAACGUCACCUAACCCAGUGGUGCACAAUUUACAGCCUAUAGAGAGUUUGGGAACUUCAAGUAAAGGUGAACUAUCAAAACAAUGCUUGCAAGUUAAUGAUAUUUAUAGACAGUUGUAUAUCCUUUAUUCGGACUAUGUUAUGAAGGAUCCAUUCUAUUCACUAGAUAUGCCUAUAAAGAGUUUUCUUUUUGAAAUGAGAGUAAAAGAACUUAUAUCUUGA